UACAUCUUGCAGCCUACCGGGGACAUAGGGAGGUUGUGGAGGUGUUAUUACAGAACAAGGCAAAUGUGGAUGAGAAAGACGAUAAAGAAGAAACUGCUUUACAAAAAGCAGAGGGACAACAUCACGAUGAUAUUGCAAGGAUUAUAACUGAGGCAACAAAUAUACAUGACCUGACAAGCAACCAUAGUACAAUUAUGGAUAGGGUGACAACCGAUGGCCAGUUUCUUAUGAAAUCAUCGUCAAUUCCACACGGAAGCUAUAACAAUGGCGGUUGGCUUACAUCCACACCACUAACAUCAACGUGCCCCGUGAACCACACAUCAGUAGAAUUGCCAGGGGUUUAUGUUCCGAGUCAACUGGGACAAGCAGUUUCCACAGACAGACAAAGUGUUAUGGAAGAGAGAUACGUCGCCUUGCAGUCAUCCCAACCAUAUCAUAUAGACGGAAAUCUUAACAACCUCCAUACAGAUCCUGCACGCAUGGAGAUACGUUCACCCAAUCAAAGAUCAGAAGCCAUAUAUGGAAACUCAAGUCAUGUUCCCACCUAUGUCCAUGCUCCAGUAGUUGGUGACACAGUGCCUAGUUCAGAUACCACUAGUAAUUCUGAGAAUGUCAUCAUUCACUACACUGAGUCUGGGGAAAAGAUAGAGCUGCAGCAGCUCUAAAAGUGGUCUAGAAAGGAGUUAUCAUUGUUAUUAUGGUGUCCAGUGUUACAGUAUACAUGUACAGUUUUACAUCCUCCUUUAGGAGUCAGUAGUCCGAAUUUGGUUUGCAGAAAAAAACGAGUUAUUUGUCAUUUGUGUCGAUGUAGCAUUGAUGUUUCUGUAAGCAUAUCAAUUCCAUAAAAAAACCAAAUAUUUUACUCUACAAAUGCUAGGACUAAGCUAACUUCAUGACGAAACAAUCCUUUAUGUUGCUUAGAUGAUUACAUAAUAGAUCCUUUCAAAUGUUCCUAACUGGACAUAUGCACAUUUCAGUGUGUACCGAACUUUCCUGAGGCAUUGUUUUAAGUUGAAUUGAGUGAGUGUGUGAGUUGGAUUUAACGCUGUUUUUAACAGUAUUCCAGUAAUAUCACGGCGUUUCAGCUUAAUGUGGGAGGAAAGCCCGAAGUGAUGGAGGUC